GCGGAUAGCAGAUAGAAAAGCAAGAGGUCUACCACAAACAAACAACAACGCUUUCUUGUAUCUUUCGUGCGCUUCCAAAUUUGUAAAAAAGAUAAAACCCUGUUUUAACUGCAUAUAAUCUUGUGCUUUGUUGUUUUUCGUCGACGACGUCCUAGCUUGUGAUCGACCAUGAAUGUAUCCAUCGAACGGAAGCGUAAUGAUUGUGUGGCACUACCCAAGGGAUGGCAAAGGGAAGAGGUGCUCCGCAAGACGGGCCUAUCGGCCGGAAAGGUCGAUGUGUACUAUUACAGUCGCGGAAUGCGAGCAGACACCUCACUCAUCCCACCGAUCAGGCAAACGGCAUCGAUCUUCAAACAGCCAGUGACGGUUGUACGAUCACAGGAGCCCGAAAACAGCAAAGUAAAGCGAGAGCUCCAGCAUGGAAGUCAGGUUAAACCAAAGCAAUUGUUCUGGGAAAAACGACUAGAGAAAUCCGGAGCAAGUAAUACUCACAACGAGGAGAUCGGCACUAUCGAGCUGCCAAAGCGGCUACGACCGAUCGGUCCGGGCAUUCGAGAAACAACGCUACUGCAAUCGUUAGCCACUGCCCUGCAUCACAACACACACCCCGUGACCGGCCAGACAGCCUCGAAGACGUCGCUCAACACGAAUGUUGGGGUGUUUAUCAAUCCGGACCAACCUCUGAUGACCAAUGUAACGAUCACAGAAGAGGACAUCAAACGACAAGAGGAACGUGUCCAGAACGCUCGAUUACAGCUACAGGAAGCGUUGCGUGCGUAGAGUUGCACGUGCAGUGGCCGAAAUAUGCUUUCCACUAUGUCUCAUCCGUAUCGGAACAUUUACGCUGUUUUUAAGUACGACACAUUUUACUACUACUAGACGUGAUUUCUACCUUUUUAUCAUUUUGAUAAGCGUUCGAAGCUAUUAAUAAAUCGGUAUUCCAACACA